CAACGUUGACCUUAUAAAAGCUAUAAUUUUCAGUGAUUGUCUGAAAGUGAAGGUGCGAUGUUGUUUACGUAAAUUAGAAAAAGAAAACACAAUUAAAAAAUAUGUUCAGGAUAAUUUUCAGCAGUUUGUUAAUCUCAACAGUGCUAUGUGUGUACCAAAACACCAGCGGACUGAAUAAAAGAAACUUUAUUUACGAUACAUAUAAAUAUGACACGAGAAUUGAACUCAUCGUCAAUAAUGAAACGGAACAGGUCAUGGAUUUCUACGAGGAGACGGAGCUAUAUCACGGCUACCCCACCCGAGUGCAUGUCUCUACAAACGAGACACUUACCGUCGACAACCCUAUCUUUGUGACCGCUACUCAGCAGAAGGGAGUAUCAUCAUGGGAGCUCCCGCUACUGGUGCAGACACAGAGCGGAGCGCUGAUAUUCUCCAGCAUGGCGCGCACUCUCUGUCCACACGACGCCGGACCAGAUAUAAAGACGGAGAACCGGCCGAUGAUCCAGAUCACCACGUCCAACCCUCGCAACGUGUCGGUGGACAUCAAGCUGCGGCGCGUCACCGACUUCUACGUCGACGUCAAUAAGGAGAUAUCGCUGAACGUGACCCCAAGCUCUCCGAAGUACUUCUACUUCUCGUUCGACCAGCAUCCGUGGAACAUCACCGGCGGACACAUGCAGAAGAGCGCCGGAGUUGUGACACAAAGAUUCAACUACACUAUACCGAAGAGUGUGAUCCUCAUCAUAGAAUCUGAUGAUGACAUCUGCGCUACCGUCUCCAUACAGAAUAACUCGUGUCCAGUGUUCGACAGUGAGAAGGAAGUGCUCUACAAGGGGUACCACCUCACCAUGAUGAGCAAGGGAGGCAUCACGCUCACGCAAUCGAUGUUCCCGGCGGGGUUCUACAUCGUGUUCAUAGUGAAGGAGAGCGACCAGCAGUGCACCGGCUCCAGCGGCCCCCCCCACGCCGUCGCCGAUGGCAACCGGAUGAAGAACUUCCGGUUCCGCGUGAUAGCCACAAUCUCGUACCGCGAGUACGUGGUGGGGGCGCUGGUGACGCUGGCGCUGGUGGCGGUGGUGGCGCUGCUCGUCGUGCUCGCCGUGCUCGCCUGCACCUGCCGCUGCACUGAAACAGUAGUGAUAGUGGAGUCGGAGCCCAUAGCGCAUGCGUCGACGUCGGGCGAGGGGAGCGGCGCCGGCGCAGCCGAUACCGCGCCCAUACUACAGGAUAGUGAUGAUGAUGAGAUCGGAAUUGCGGACGACAAGUGGUCCCACUCGCACCCGCUGACGGUGCAGAAGCUGACGCGGGCCCCGCUGGAGACGCAGGCCAGGAGGUCCGACAGAUACUUCUGGGGCGCGCUGACGGUGGCCGUGGUGUAUGCGUUGCCCGUCGUACAACUACUCUUCACAUACCAGAGGAUGGUAUUCCAGACGGGCGACCAGGACCUGUGCUACUACAACUUCCUGUGCGCGCACCCGCUGGGGUUCCUGUCGGACUUCAACCACGUGUACUCCAACGUGGGCUACGUGGUGCUGGGCCUGGUCUUCAUGGCCCAGGUCCGCCACCGCCAGCUCAGGAACCGGGGGAAGCCGCAGGACAUGGGCGUCCCGCAGCACUACGGGCUGCUGUACUCCAUGGGGCUGGCGCUGGUGAUGGAGGGGCUGCUGUCCGGCUGCUACCAUCUCUGUCCCAACAAGAUGAACUUCCAGUUCGACUCGUCGUUCAUGUACGUGAUAGCGGUGCUGGUGAUGGUGAAGCUGUACCAGAACCGGCACUCCGACCUCGUGCCCUCCGCGCACUCCACCUUCAUGGUGCUCGCCGUCGUCAUGACCAUAGGUACCGUACCCCCACAGAAUACUAGUGUACACUCCGACCUCGUGCCCUCCGCGCACUCCACCUUCAUGGUGCUCGCCGUCGUCAUGACCAUAGGUCUAUUCGGCAUCCUGUACCCGAGCGCGGCGUUCUCCGCGCUGUUCACGGUGCUGCACCUGCUCACCGUCUCCAUCCUCACGCUCAAGAUAUACUACGCCGGCAGGUUCAAACUUGAAUGGUCAGCGUGCGCCCGCGCCUUUCGCGCGGUCCGGUCGCGGCGGCUGCGGGCGCUGCGCCCCGCGCACACGGCGCGCGCCGCGCUGCUCGCGCUCGCCUUCCUCGCCAACUGGGCCUUCGCCAUCUACAGCGCGGUGGUCCAAAACAAGGACUUCGCCCGCCAGCUGCUGGCGAUCCUGAUGGGCAACGCGAUCCUGUACACGCUGUUCUACGUGGCGCUGAAGCUGCUGCACCGCGAGCGACUCGCGCCCUACACCUGGAUGUACGGGCUGCUGGCGCAUGCUGCAUGGUUCGCGGCGCUCAGGCUGUUCCUGGAUUCCAAGACUAAGUGGUCGGAAACUCCGGCGCAGUCCCGGCGCCACAACGCGCAGUGCAGUGUACUGCAGCUGUACGACUCGCACGACGCCUGGCACCUGCUGUCCGCCGCCGCCAUGUUCCUGUCCUUCAACAUGCUGCUGACUAUAGACGACCUGGUCGCCGACGUGCACAGGGACAGUCUGCACACCUUCUAGGUAUACUGUACACACCGCCAUGUUCCUGUCCUUCAACAUGCUGCUGACUAUAGACGACCUGGUCGCCGACGUGCACAGGGACAGUCUGCACACCUUCUAGGUAUACUGUACACACCGCCAUGUUCCUGUCCUUCAACAUGCUGCUGACUAUAGACGACCUGGUCGCCGACGUGCACAGGGACAGUCUGCACACCUUCUAGGUAUACUGUACACACCGCCAUGUUCCUGUCCUUCAACAUGCUGCUGACUAUAGACGACCUGGUCGCCGACGUGCACAGGGACAGUCUGCACACCUUCUAGGUAUACUGUACACACCGCCAUGUUCCUGUCCUUCAACAUGCUGCUGACUAUAGACGACCUGGUCGCCGACGUGCACAGGGACAGUCUGCACACCUUCUAGGUAUACUGUACACACCGCCAUGUUCCUGUCCUUCAACAUGCUGCUGACUAUAGACGACCUGGUCGCCGACGUGCACAGGGACAGUCUGCACACCUUCUAGGUAUACUGUACACACCGCCAUGUUCCUGUCCUUCAACAUGCUGCUGACUAUAGACGACCUGGUCGCCGACGUGCACAGGGACAGUCUGCACACCUUCUAGGUAUACUGUACACACCGCCAUGUUCCUGUCCUUCAACAUGCUGCUGACUAUAGACGACCUGGUCGCCGACGUGCACAGGGACAGUCUGCACACCUUCUAGGUAUACUGUACACACCGCCAUGUUCCUGUCCUUCAACAUGCUGCUGACUAUAGACGACCUGGUCGCCGACGUGCACAGGGACAGUCUGCACACCUUCUAGGUAUACUGUACACACCGCCAUGUUCCUGUCCUUCAACAUGCUGCUGACUAUAGACGACCUGGUCGCCGACGUGCACAGGGACAGUCUGCACACCUUCUAGGUACGUGCACAGGGACAGUCUACACACUUUCUAGGUACCACGUGCACAGGGACAGUCCCUAGGUACCACGUGCACAGGGACAGUCCCUAGGUACCACGUGCACAAGGACAGUCUCUAGGUACCACGUGCACAGGGACAGUCUACACACCUUCUAGGUACGUGCACAGGGACAGUCUACACACCUUCUAGGUACCACGUGCACAGGGACAGUCUACACACUUUCUAGGUACCACGUGCACAGGGACAGUCUCUAGGUACGUGCACAGGGACAGUCUACACACCUUCUAGGUACCACGUGCACAGGGACAGUCUACACACCUUCUAGGUACCACGUGCACAGGGACAGUCUACACACCUUCUAGGUACCACGUGCACAGGGACAGUCUACACACCUUCUAGGUACCACGUGCACAGGGACAGUCUACACACCUUCUAGGUAUACUGUGUACAUUGUAGAGAUUUCAAACUGAUCAUAUAUCGUUAGAACUUGAGACGGGAUAUUUACCAUUAAUUAUCAUGUUAUUUGCUUACUCACGUAACUGUUUGACGAGGAACUCGACUAGUUCCAAGCCAUGCUAGAGGCUCAUAUUCAUGAGCAGCAUUCCGCGACACACGACGCGGCGAUUGUCGCGCUGCUACUGUACGUACUACGUAUAUAUAUGAAGAAUAUGAGCCUCUAGCAUGGCUUGAAACUAGUCGAGUUCCUCGUCAAACAGUUACGUGAGUAAGCCGAUAACAUAAAAAAUAUUUUUUUAUUUAUAUCACGAAUGAUAUGUCGGAAACUCAUCGAAAUAAAUAAACAUGGUAAAUAUCCCGUCUUAAGUUCUAAUGAUAGGUUUAGAGUUGCAUACAAAUGAUUUACACGGCGGUAAACGAUGAUGGUAAGCAAUCGCUGUGAUUGAGGUUACCGGAGGCCCGAUUAACCCUUCCCAAUCUUCCCAUUCCCCAAUUCCCCAACAACCAUUAAAUUCCUAACCCCCAAAUGGCAACGCACUUGUAACGCCUCUGGUGUUUCAAAUGUCCAUGGGCGGCGGUGAUUGCUUACCAUCAGGUGAUCCGUCUGCUCGUUUACCGACCUAUACCAUAAAAAAACACUCUAGAAAUUGUAUACAUUGACUCUAAAUAAUAUAAUGUGUACAUACAACAUUACUUCUCAUAUUGACAUGAUAUGCCCAGCGCAAACCGCGUGGCGAAGAUACUGAUACUAAUUCAAUUUAAAAUAAACCUUAACUUCUAUGACAUACGGAUGAAAACGACUUGCCAAAGAAUCUUGAAGACAUAUCACGUGCUACCCAUCUUAUGUAUACGGUAUGCCGUUUUCAUCCUUAUGGCUUAAAAGUUAAGGUUCAUUUUAAAAUGCCCUAAUGUUCAAUACAUAUAGUUGACAACAAAAAGUAUUAUUAGCAUUAUAGAACUACAUUCAAAUGACAAAAUAUAAACACAUUCUCCAUCUCACUCUUACAUAUACAAAGUACAUAUAAGUUAGACAGAGAUAGAUAUAUUUGUAUGAUAAAUAAGUUAUUAAAUAUUAUUGUUUUAAGGUUUUAAAAACAAAACAGUGACGUCACUAAGUAGUUUAAUUUUAGUUUCGAAUUAAUUAUAAAUAAGUUUUAAAAUUGUUUUACGGUGUUAUCACACCAAUCGAUCGAUAGCCGAUAGAUACCAUCGAUCGAUGGUGGAAUGGAUUGGUCGAUGACGAUCGAUAGAUUCCAGCCGGAAUAUAAUAAAUCUACCGACCGCUGCCAUCGACCGGCAGUCGAUCGAUUGGUAAGUCGACCGGUAUCCGUCGAUCAAUUAAAGCUAUCACACCAAUCGAUCAAUGUCGACCGAUGUCGAUCGAUGGCAUCGAUGGACUAUCGAUCGAUAGGUAUGGUAACACCCUUACUCACACAUAAAAUCAAAACAACUUCUAUGCUUGACAAUUAGGAACUCUAAUGCUAAGGUGAUAAAGCUCAUUUUUCAUUAACUACCUUAUUAUGUAUAUUUUCUAAUGACAUAGCACUCGAAAAUCAACUUUAUUCACGUAGAAAUAAAAUACACAUUCGUUUUAACUUCAUGACAAACAUUUUUUUUUCAUGUAUUUGAUCAAUUUUGUAUCUUAUGCUGUAGAAAUUAAGGUUCAUAUUACCAUCUAAAGUGUUUCUAUCAAAUGUGAUAUGCCAAAACUAUGAAUAAUGUUAACUUAUGAAGUAAAGAGUUAGAAAGUGCUUUUAAUGUGUAAAAUUAAUUUAUUUUGACUUUAAAUUGUAUAAACUUACUAAUAGUUCAGAUACCAGCAUAUCAAGCUACCCUAUUCCGUGUAAAAAUAAUGGUAAUUUACCAGAUGCAGGAAUCAAACCCGCGACAGCAGCCAGUCACACAGCUUAAGUUGUGCAGUUGCGUGUUCAAUAUAAUUAUAAUUAUUUUGCUGUAAAGUUAAAAAUGUUUAAAUAAUAAUAUUUUUUUGGGAAACAUGCUUGAUAUGUACUAUGGGUAUAUGUACAAUAUAUUUUUAACAAAACAAAUAUUAUAUUAAUGUGAAUAAAGAUCACUUUCAUAAUUUAACCAUAUAUGUGCUCGAAUGACAAUAUCAAUAGAAAAUUAGAUUAAUGUUGCCAGACUUAAAAAUAUAUUAUAUAAUAUUUAUUAUUAAAAUAUCAUUUGACUGUUAUUUAGGACUCAUAACAUAACAUAAUUGGGAAAAAAGUGAUUUUUAUCAUCCGUUCACACAGACUGGCUGGGAGAAGAGAGCAGAUUUUUGUCGCGUUGAAAACAGUUUUUAUUAUUAUAAAACGGUAUUAAGGUUUAUUUUGUCAUGGGCACUGCUUUUGUCAUUAAGAAUGCUUGAAGGUGCUUGAUGUGAAAUAACAGGAGCUGAUAGACUCUGAUCGUGCAGCCGAUAGGUUCCGAUUGCGUGAUCUUUAUCACUCGCGCAGCCGAUUGCGUACUCGCUCUCAUACUAAGCUUUCAGGUCGCUUCCAGCCGGUUUAUGUGAACGGACCCUUAAUAUGUAUAAAAUUUUAUAUGUGCACUGCUCUUCAUCAAAUUAAUGACGAUUUUAUAUGUAGAUGUUACCAAAAAUAUCAAAUUUAAAUAAAAAUGCGAUAAGUAUAGAACAAUGACAAAUAGCGUGUAAGCUUUUUAAAUAAAAAAAAAACAUAAUUACUUAUUUUCUUGUAUAUUAAACAUCAAAAUAAAAUAUCACUCUUUUGCUAACAUUUCAAUAUAUAGGCGUCUCUCUCUUUCAUUCGCUGUUAGUAAGAGAGGGCGAUAGUAAAGUUGUUGUAUGACUUUGCAAAGUAUUGUGUAAGGAAGAGGCUGUGAUUUCCCGAUUGUUUCUCUUCUCAAAUGCUUCAUUUAUUAUAUGUGUAUUCAUAUACAGGGUUAUUUGUAAAACACCGGUAACCUCUCAGGACUACGUUACUAACAUCAUAAUCAACAACUUUCGUUCUAUGACUUUUAAAAAUUCAUCAUAUUUUAAUUCAUCGCACAAAAAUAAAAAUAUUUAAAUUCAACCCUCUAAAUGUUACGAAGUCUAUGCGAAGCAAAAGAAGACAAUAGCGAGGGGAGCGGGGUAAGGGCGGCGGGGGCGCAUGAACUGUACCUAUGUAGGUACAGCAAAAUACAAAGUUGAAAUGUGUUAGAUAGGACAACGAAAUAUUGAAGGUUUGUUUUUGGUAAAUGUUUUAUGUUUUGUAAAAAGUCGUAGAACAAAAGUUGCUGUCUAUGAUGCCAGUAAUAUAGUCCUGAGAGGCCACCGGUGUUUUACAAAUAACCCUGUAUAGUAUUUCUUGACAGAACGAUGAAAUAAUACCAAUGUUUGAAAAAGUAAAAUGUAUUAAAUAGGGGUGAAGACGGGAAUAUGAAAAAAAAAAUUAGACAUAUCGAGCCCCCUAGUUGUUAAAUGCUAUUGUACCCUUAGUAUGAGUUUGAUUUACUUUUAAAGUAACCGUUCGGCGUUCUGAUUGGUUGGUUUAUCCAAGCCGGCCAAUCACAGCGUCGAACGCGCUCUCGUUUCGAUCUCGUUAAACGUAAUACAAACUCGUACUAAGCCCUAUGUUGUGUCUUCCACCAGACUUGUUAGGUAUUGUUCCAUCUUUCUGUCAGAAUUAGUGUUAGAAACAUAGUUCUUAAGUUUUGUAACUACUUUAUAUGUGAAAAUGCGUUGCUCUAUGAACAUUUUAAUAAAAAAUAAUGUUGCUAACCUUA